AAGCCUCAGUACGAUAUUUAGGAAGUGUCGCCGUGUUUUCAAUUACUGUUUCAAUAUUUUUCAGAGUGGUGUGCUAUUGACUAUAUUAUUUAUGUAUUCCAUGUAAAGAAUAUUGUGCAUUUUUCCAGACAACAAUUAUAUAAAAGUCCUUACAAUUUACCGACGUAUUUGAAGUAUAUCAAAUAAUUAUUAAUCUCUAAUCAAACGCCGCAAUGGGUCGUCGCAAAUCGAAAAGAAAGCCUCCAGCCAAACGAAAAGCAAUAGAACCUUUGGAUCAACAGUUUAACUGCCCUUUUUGUAAUCAUGAAAAGUCGUGUGAAGUCAAAAUGGAUCGAGCAAGGAAUACAGCGCGUAUAGUAUGCCGGGUUUGUUUAGAAGAUUUUCAGACCACCACAAAUGUUUUAUCUGAGCCAAUAGAUGUUUACAAUGACUGGGUAGACGCUUGUGAAAGUGCAAAUUAGUUAUAUGUCCAAUUUAAUUGCAACUAAUUUUUUUUAUUGUUAUGGAAUCUAUUCAUUUUAACUAGAUACUUUUAAUCUGAUAUCAGGUUAUUAAAACCCCCUUUUUUUACUUACAAUAGUACUAAUUUCUAGAACUUCUAAGUUUGUUUUGUUUUAGUUGAGAUUUAUAUAAAAAUCUUGUGUUUCAGUUAGAGCUUUAAAAGGAUUGGCUACUGUGGGUGUUAAAAAAGCCUUUAUGUUAAUCCUCUUUAAAAUAGAUAAGCUUAAUAGAAAUAAAUUUUUGAUUGUCCUAUAAGAUAAUUCCAUCAUGUUAACAAGUAUUUGUUAAUGGAAAAACAGAAAUGUGUAAUAACUGAAUGAGUUACAAAAAUUAAAAAAAACUCAAAUUUGUUUUAAUAUAUUUUAUUUAACAGGAAAGAGCAAAGAUAAAUGAGCUAUGGUACAUCUUCAAUUCCUUCAAAUAAUUUGGACUUAAGUUGUCAUCUUUGCUAUAAAUAUUUAAGAUCUUCACAUUCAGAGAAAAAUAGUUACUUUAUCCACACACUACAGAACAUCAAAUUACAGUGCUCGAAAAGCUUAUAUGACUAUAUAUCUAAUAUUCUUAUUGUAUUCCAUUCAUUGAUUAUUUGUUGGAAUGUAAAAUUUAUAUGUAUACUAUGAUUAAUAAACAGUUGAAUAAUUUA